GUAACCAAUCCAUACGCACUCAUCGUCAUCGAAGUCUUAUGUGUCCAACUCUUUGAGAGACACUAACUUGGAGAAACAGAUGACAAUGGCAACUUUGAACAUCUUAUCUCCAUCUCCAAUGACAAACUCUUUAUUUAAUAUUACCAAUUAUUCUCGUACUUAUCACAAUCUUUAUUAUAAUAAUAUUAAUAUCAAGUGUAAACACCCUUUUUACCCUAAUGACACUCAAUUCACUGUUAUUUCUUCUCUCUUCUCGCAAGCCAAGUCAAACCCGUCUCUCAAAUCUUCUCCAAUGCCAACCCAUUUCUCUAAAUCAGGAAGUGGAUGUUCAUGGUUGCAAGAAAAUUCCAUGCAUGAAAUUGAUGCUGCUGGUACUGGACGGAAGCAGCGCCAAUCUUCUUCAGCCUUUCCCACGAAACCUGCUGAAAUUUCAUCUGUUCAGGACCUUUUUGAAUUUAUAUGCUCAGGUCCUCUCAUAGAGAAGCUGGGACUGACCCCGGAGAAGAUAGCGGAAUCUGUGGACAAGUGGAUAGCGUAUAACUCAUACUUAUCUCGAUUGUUUCAGCUCAACGAACUGUAUCUUACAAUACCGCAGAAAGCUAGAUUUUUUCACUACUACAUACCCGUUUUCUUGUGGUGUGAAGAUCAAAUUUCUCAGCAUAGAUCAAAGUUUAAGGAUGGGGAAGAUAUACCUCCCUUGGUGAUAGGUUUCAGUGCACCUCAAGGUUGUGGAAAGACAACACUUGUUUUUGCUCUUGAUUAUCUUUUUCAAAAAACUGGCAGGAAGUCUGCAACUCUAUCCAUAGAUGAUUUCUAUUUGACAGCAGAGGGUCAGGCUAAAUUAAGAGAAGAACAUCCAGGAAAUGCACUUUUAGAGUUCCGAGGAAAUGCUGGAAGCCAUGAUCUUCAAUUGUCUAUUGAAACACUAACUGCUGUAAGCAAGUUGAAUAAACAAGGUACAAAGAUGAAGCUACCUCGAUAUGAUAAAUCUGCUUAUAAUGGGAGGGGUGAUAGAGCUGAUCCUUCAACAUGGCCAGAGGUUGAAGGACCAUUGACGGUCAUUCUGUUUGAAGGUUGGAUGCUUGGUUUCAAACCUCUUCCUCCAGAAGUUGUUAAAGCAGUUGACCCACAGUUAGAAGUCGUAAAUAAAAAUCUUGAAGCUUAUUAUGAUGCUUGGGACAAGUUCAUAAAGUCUUGGAUUGUCAUCAAAAUUAAGGACCCGAGUUGUGUCUAUGAGUGGCGUUUACAGGCAGAGAUUGCAAUGAGGGAGGCCGGGAACCCUGGAAUGUCUGAUGAAGAGGUGAAAGAUUUUGUGUCGCGAUAUUUGCCUGCGUACAAUGCCUACCUUCCCACCCUCUACUCGCGUGGACCUAAUGGAUCAGAUCCAAAGCAUUUGCUUCUUAUCGAAAUCGAUGAAGGGAGGAAUCCAUUUUAGAUGAGUAGGUGACAAAUAUCU